ACGUCAUAGAAGUGCGCUUCGUGUUUACAGGCAGCCGUCAAAAAAGAAUCUGUUCCCAAACUGCACCUGUUAUAAUCCUUGAUAUUUAGGUCUUAUUUUAGUUGGGUUUUUUUAAAUGAGUGCAUACAGGGGACAAGCACGGAAUCUAUAAGACAGUCGUUGCAUUGGAAACCUUCUUUUUUUUUUUUUAAUCAUGCAUUUUGCACAUUAUUUUGUGGACUAAAAUGUGAUGUCAUGAGAAGCUGUGACUCAAGAAGUAGUCAAGAGGUUCAAGUCAACAUGUGAAACUGUUUGAUCAUGCAGUUACAGUGUCGUAAUGACGUCUGUGCACGGUGAGAAGUCAAACAUGGCAGAAAAGGAAGAUCUGGAGACACUUGGUGAGAAACUGUAUUCUCUGAUUUACCCCAAACACAAAGACACUGCUGGAAAACUCACAGGUAUGUUGCUGGAGCUGCCAUGUCCUGUCCUGAGUCGGAUGCUGCAGGAUGAAGCCACGCUGACCAAGGCUGUGGAGAAAGCCCUCAGAGCCCUGCAGCUUGACCAGGAGCCAAGCAACCUAACAUGUAAAGACGAGGAUGAUGUGUCUGCGUCCUCUGACUCUUUGGGGGAGCAGCUGUUUGAGCUGGUUGAUGUUUACAAUACCGGCCACUCGCAGAAAAUCACAGGAAUGCUUUUGGAGCAGCACAAAGAGGCUGUAUUAAACCUUCUUUCAGAUCCAAAGCUGCUGGAGGAGCAUGUGAACUCUGCCCUGAAGACACUUAAGGAGAUAAAGGGACAAAAUAGAACCAAUACCAAAAUGACAUUCCUGCUGCUUCCCUUCAGGCAGAAUGUGGAGGAGACAGACAUAAGCGACUUGUCCGACACUGAUGACACAGAAAAGUUGGGAGAGAAGCUCUUCUCACUGGUGGAGGAGCUGGAUCCUCUACAUGCAAAUGAUAUUACAGGUAUGCUACUGGAGAUGGACCCAGCUGCUCUCCAACAGCUGCUCAGUGACAACACCAUGCUAAAGGUUGCUGUUCAGAAAGCACAAGCAGCACUGGACACAUAGGACAUGGACGGUCUCUACUUGAUCAGAAUGACAACGUUUUACACAGAGACUAACAUAUUAACGUGAAUGACUUUGAUGAAUCAAAUAAAAAUGCUGGUCAAGGUUGACGCAUCAUUCCAGGACAUCAUAACCAUACAGGUCAGCUGUUGAAUAACCAGCUACAUUUGUUUUACACUGAUUUUUGACCUGACUGCUGUCGCUUUACUUUUGAAUUGACCUUCUGUAAAGGUAUUAGAGUCAACUAUCUCAAAGUAUCUUUUUAUACACAUAUGCUGUCUAAUGAAAUAAUGAAUCUGCCUGUUUUUUUCUGCUCAUCAGAUUCAUUAUUGCUUGAAAAAAAAAUGUGUUAGUCUGUAAAAUGAGUUGCAUAGAUAAUUAUUGCAAACAAUCUUGCCACAUUUUUUUUUAAAUUGUGUUUUUGUACUGUACCUACUAUGAUGUUGAAAUAUAUUUGCUAACAGAAAAUAUAAAAGAUAAUAUAUAAACCAAGAACCAAUCAUAUUUAA